UUCGAUUGAAAAAGACACUAAUAUCCAUGAAUAAGUAUUAUUUACUAAAUAAAUACUCUUUGCAGUGUUUACAAACCACAGAAAACAAUUAAUGCUCUGACGUUUUGAAUCUAAUAUUCUUUAAAUGUCUAACUGACUUGACAAAGACGAAAAUCAGUAAUUUUUCGUAAUAACAAUUCAAAAAAUGACAAAACCAAGUUACAAUGCGAAAUGUGGUCAUAUUAAGCGCCCACCUCAUGUCUUAACUAUAAAUGAUGACCUUAACAAGACCAUAGCCAAUGAGUACCGCGCUCUGCCUCUAUUCGAGAAAACACUUUUUGACUACAACUAUAUUAAAUAUUAUUCUCUACGCACUAACGACUUUCUAAAGUGCCGUUGGAAGUCUUAUAUGGACAGUUUUGCGGAACGCGAAAUCGCACCAUUCCAAUUUGUUAACAUCAGAGAUUUCCAUUUCUACAAUUGUGUGACUCGGCUUAUACCUAAGGAGAGCAUGCAUACUAAAACGGAGUUUCGUUAUAAGCUUAAGCCAGGACCGGGAGUCGAUUUCUGUGGCCAAAUGCCAAUACCACAUGAGUUGUUAAUGAAACGUGGUACUCAGAAACCGAAAUAUAGAGGAAGAAAAAUCUCCCAAGAAGAAACUAUGCCGGAGACUGACAAACGAUCGUUGCAAAAAGGCGUUGUAAAAAAAUAAUUAAAUAUUUUGACGUUCUUGGCUGAAUACUAGUGACAAUUGCCAAAGUGAAGUAAUUAAAAAAUAUAUUGACAGGUUAGCAGGUAGGUAUCAAGUAAAAGUCUUAUUAAUUAUUUAUUAUUUAUUUCCUAAAAACUAAAUUAAAAUAUUUAAAAACUUGAUUUUCAUAAUAUUUUUCAUUAAACCAGAGAGAAAUUUUCUGGAUAUGUCAUCGUUAAAAAUACUAUUAUUUAUCAGCAUUUGUACUAAAAUAUGUUUUCAUACUUUUUAAGUCGAUUUUAUUGCUAAGUUUGGAUUGUGUACUUAAGUUUUUGUUAAUUAUAAUGUU